CAUGUGUCACAUUGUCGACGUCGUUGGGAGGUAAAACCAUGAAGGCGGCGUUGUCUGUUUUGUUGGUUUUCGUGGCUCUGUCCGGAUCUUCAGUGGUCCAGGGUUUGAGAAAAUCCAGUCUGGAGAUAGAACUGAAGUCACUGAAGAAACUCUUUGAGGCAGCCAUAAAACAGAUGCGAACAGUCGACACUUCUGUUGCAGAAUUCUGUCCUGCAUGCGAAGACGAAUGUGCAGAUGACUGCCUGACCAAGUUGCUACGGAGGUUCGAGGAGCGCCUUCAGCGUCUGCAAGAGGUCAUCAGUAAACUGGAGAAGCUUGCUUGUCACGAGUGUCCUGGCGAAUUCUGGACUGAUGCAGCAAUUAUCACCCCCGAUAGUAUCUUACGUCCGCGGGAAACCCCUGUUGCACAAGCACCCAGUCUAACUGAUUUUGGAGGAGUCAGUGCCAUGUCCAAUGCGUUCACCAGCCGUAAAUCUGUCGUGGUUGCCACCAAUGAGCACAUCUACCGUGACGCACCCGCCGUCGACGUCAGCGCCGGGAAGACAAUUCUUGCAAUCUCCUACGACCGUGUGUCCAACAGCCUUUAUUCUGUUGAGGAGGCAGAUGAUGAUUCCAUUACAAUUGUCCGUAGAGAUGUUGAUGGUAGCAACGAGGCAGAUAUCAGAACCUACACUGCUCAACACGCUCCAGUUGAUCUGACGUUUGACAACAGUGGUGUGAUGUACGUCCUUCUAACCGAGGGAAAUUCCAAUUACAUCGAGCAGAUAGAAAAUGUCACAACCACUCCCGUCGUCACAAACAUGGGCGCUUCCCUUGGUCAUGGCAGACGACUCGCCAUUGAUUCAGCCAAUAGGAUAAUAUAUUACACCUCCUCUACGGGCGUCAGCGCAUUCGACAUCAGCGCUAACACCCACACCAAGAUCAGCGACGCCACAAGUGCUGUGGGUAUUGGAUAUGAAGCUGAAGAUGAGACGGUCGUGUACUGCUUCAGCGACAGCGGUGACGUCGUCGCCUACAACCCGGCAGCUCAGACAUCAAAUACGACAUCACAUGAAGGAAAUGGCUGUUCGGACCUCGCUGUGAACAACCUGUUAACAAAUAGCGUCACCGCUCAGACUGCCGGAGUUAGCAACGUCCUUGUUUACAUCACCGCAAAUGACAAAAACGAGGUGUUUGUGUGCAGCCUUGACUCACAGACAGGCGUACCUCAAAUGACCAGUGUGUUCGAAACCGACAGCACAUUGACUUCCAUCACCCUCGUUUAACAGUCCACCACCUGCACACAUCCCCCUAUUGAUGCAAGGGCAUGGCCGGAUCCACUAAACACAAUCAACCAUACAGAAAUAUUUCCUUUAACAGUUUCGAUUUUAUUAUAUCUGCGAAAUGAUGUACCACUGAUGAGAUAUCACUUUUUGAGGGUUGUUUAAUGGAUGUUCGAAUCAUAAGUAUUACUCGAACUUUGAAAUAUGUGUAUCGAGGUAAGCGUCUUUAAAUGUUCAAUGUGCUCUUAGUGUUGUGGCCUGUCCUGAAUACUUUAUUUUCAUGUUAUCCUUUGAAGCAGAUCACCAACGCUUUGAGAUAUUAAAACGCAUGAGAAAAC